UGACGGAGUUAGGUCACGUUAAUGUUUCCUUUUUGGUCUGGAACGAAGGCUAACCGCACCACCGUGACAUAGGAUAGGAUUUUGUGUGCGACGUCCAACGUUGUUCGACCAGCGACUUCGGAAACCAUGUACCAAAAUGAUGAAGCCAACGAUGAACAAGCUUCUCUUAUUUCAUCGCAGUCGAAGAAACCUUCUCCGGAUACAUUAACGAAACUUGUGAAGCGUCUCAGGGCACUAGCAACGAAGCUGCUUCCAGUGGAAGUCGACGAGAAGAGCAUCAAUGAUCCCACAAGCAGGAUUAUCACUCCCCACGUCAUAUCCGCUUUCUCGGAUGCAGCAGGUGAUUUUGUCGAAGCGCUCCCAUACUGUUUGCUCCGUGCUCGCGCUGAAUUUAUGCAGGAGGCGUAUGUCAACCCUGCAGAUUAUGGCGAAAACCGAGGAAGAGCUGUGGCAUGCGAAGUACUGGCUCGUCGCAUUGUUCACCAAAGUCCAGCUGAGAAAAUUAAAUCUCUCAUGUCUACUCGGUAUAGGCAUCGCGAGCUUGAUGGCGACAUCAGCGAGGCCUCGAGUGCUCUCGAAGUUGCCAUUGACACCCAUUGCACUAUAUUUUUGUCUUCUACCGAAGCGCAAAGUGUUGUCAGGGCUCUGUGGGACGGAGAACUUGUCCAGACACUGACAGAACAGGAUGAUAUUCAGUAUGUAUCCUACCACAAAUCGCGGCAAACUGGGUUCUGGGGCCACAUGGACCCUUCACGCAUUUCCGUUCCCCGGUAUCAGAACUUCCUCCGCAUUGUGAUUUGGUUUUUCUUUCUCGCUGUGUACUCUCAAGCCGUUCGUGAACCGCUGGACCGACUUGAUCCCAACCAUCCUAUGACGGUGCUUGAUCUCUGGGAAUUUAUACUCUAUAUUAUGGCGCUGGCAUUUUCACUUGAAGACAUAGUCAGGUUUUACAAACUAUUCAGAUACGCGACCUAUCGCGCCUUUGGAUUUUGGAAUGUCGUCGCCUUCAUAACGGAUUCCCUAUUGCUGGCUGCAUGUUUGCUUCGCAUUGCUGGUAUUUAUGCAACCGGAGAUCACUCUAACACUCUACGCUUAAGGAGCUUUCAAGUCUUGAGUUUCGUCGCCCCGUUCAUAUGGAUCAAGCUCAUUACAAUCUUUGAUGGUUACCAGUAUGUUGGAACGAUGCAAAUAUGCGUGGCUCGCAUGCUACAAGAGUCAGGCAUCUUCUUCGCGCUGUUGUCGGUGCUCGGUGCUGGAUUCUUGCAGGGUCUAUAUGCUCUAGAUGCUGCUGACGGUUCAAGCGAAGAUCCAUCAGUUGUCAUUCAUGUCCUUGUUCAAGGCUUACUUCAGUCUCCCAACUACGACAAGUUUUCUGCCAGCCCUGUUGGACUUACCUUGUACUAUCUCUGGAACGUUACAACGGCGAUCAUCCUGCUCAACGUCCUCAUUUCUUUGUUCUCUUCUGCGUACGCUGAUGUUGUCGAUGACGCUGAAGCAGAGUACAUGACAUUCUAUGCAGGAAAAACUGUUGCCAUGAUCCGCGCCCCUGAUUCGUAUGUCUAUCCUGCCCCAUUUAACCUGGUAGAGGUUUUAUUCGUAGCGCCUUUCGAAAUGUUUGCCCUGCAUCCCGAGUCAUAUGCAAAACUUAAUCGGAUCGUUAUGAGCAUAAUUCUCUUCGUUCCGUUGACUUUCAUUGCCCUUUUUGAGACAUCAAAUGCGACGAAGUCAUGGAUGGUCACCUGGACAGAAGACGAAGUGGACACUGAAAACCCUGUUGUUCUGGAUCCCACAGUCGAGGGGCCGGACGCAGACCAAGGCUUGGAGAUCACCAAAAUUCCCUUUGAUGAGCUUGUCAAGAGGUUCCCAAACACGGAACAAUCGAGCGAAGCUACCAUUUUAAAGGAGAUUAGAGAAAUUCACGCAAGGUUGGAGGCGUUGACGACAAAAGUGGACCGUUUACACGCUUAAACCUACAUCGAUACACUUCGUUCGGCUUCGGACGUGGACACUACAUAGGUGGAUGGUCUAAAUUGACGGACUGUGGUAAACUCGUUUUUUCUUCUUUUGCUGGAUUCCAAGCUUGUACGGUGAUCGUAAUGGUGGUGUAACGCAAAUCGUAUGGAUCGGUGCGAAGAUCAUCGAUCAAGUGCUAGGCGUGCUCAGAAAACUUUGAGAACUCUGUUGAAAGGUGAUGAGGGAAAAAAAUACAAUAAAUCC